CAUUCUCGCAUCUCCUCUUACUCGUCCAGGGGCCCAGGGUUUGGUCCAAGAUUCUUAUAAGAGAACGAUGCAACAUGGUCAUCAAAUUUAACUCGAAGUUGACUGUCUCGGUCGUUGGGUCGACAUAGUUUCUUUCGUUCUACCCUCGGGCUGUAGCCGGUCUCAGUCCUUUUUCACGACGCCAUGUUUCUCGGGAAGAGGUCUUCUGGAAUUCUGGACGGGGAUGUCUCCAUCUUCAUUCGUUCUGCGUUCUCGUUCUUCAUCAUCAUUCUUGUUUGCGUGGUCAUUCAGGCUUUCUACGCGUUCACCAUCCUCGUCCGGAGGAGUCAAGUCAAUCUGACACAACUCCCUUUCAUUUUCAUUCUAUCGACCUCGUUGACUCUUAUCGUGGUGUAUAUCAUGCAAAUCGUGUCGUUCUCCUCGUUCUACGACGUGUCUGCUGCACAAAUUUCAACCGCCAUUUCACCAGGACCCGGAGUUGUCGUCAUCGUGAUCCAAUUUUUCCAACGACUAGCCGACUUUCUCAUUCUCUCGUCUCUAAUCUCCAUCCUUGACUAUAGGCGGAUGCUAUUUAAACGAGAUACCCUCUUCAUGCUGUUCAGAACUCGCAGAAAGCGGAUAUUCGACGUCUUAACGAUGUCGUUGAUGCUGCUAGCCAUUCUGGCUGUCACCGCUCUUGCUGCGAGGCACAUUGGAACUGCUCGAAGUGGUGUCGUUACCAAGUCGGGUCCGGCCGUGGAUGCGUUGUCGACCUUGAGAGGAUUAGAAAACACAUAUGUUAUUAUCUACGUUGCCGUGUCGCUCAAUAUGGUGAUCACCACCUUGUAUCAAUGGAUGCAAAUCAUCAAGGUGGAAUCAUUUCGCGACGAGACGGUGCUAGUGUUACUUCGAUUUGCAUCGCCCGUUGUUAUCCUUCGGGCUGGUUUUGAGAUAAGCAUCGCUAUCAUUUCCUCUGCGAAGGGAUUCAAUCCUCCCUUUGAUGCUAGCGUCUUUGUUUUCGUCGUUACUUUGGUUGAUGGGUUAUCGUACGUGACGAUAACCGUGGUGGUUCUGUGUUUGGACGGGAAGAUGGCAGAAGGAAUCCGACAACUGCCCGAGGUGCUUUCUAUUUAA